UCCCACUAACUCUCUUGGAGUGGGGAAGAGAAAAUAAUUGCAAAGCAGCGUCUUCUUUGUCUGUCCGCAUAACUCGGUCUUUGAUGCCGCUCGAACAUUUCGAGCUCAGAUCUUGCCUUUCAAGAGAUCCAACGGCUGUGAGGCGUAAGCACCUAAACUUCUUCAAAGAGGGAUCGCUCUAUUUUUCUCUCUAGAAGCAGUUCUCUGUAUUUGCUACAGAGUCCAAACGGAAAUGCUUGGGAGAAGGAUAUCAAUGGAGCUUGCUGGAUCUUUAAGUGUCAAUGGCCAGGAUGCUGAUGUUCUGCAAUUCUUGGAUUCCAUGGAUGAUUUUCUUUUUCUACAAGAUUCCCUAUCUCUCACUUUACGCCAGGGAUGGCUGGAUCUAGCCAUUGCUAGGCAUUCUAUGGGUUCUGCAAGAGUGACAGCGAUGGUUCUCGAUCUCAAUCCACACCCAGCUGCCAUAAAAUUGGUGGUGAACCAAUCAAAUGAUGAAUUAGAUGACGAAAUGGUUCAACAACCUCACUUUAUGCUUCCCAAAGAGGCCUCUCUUAAUCAGGGAAUAGAAGAUAGCAAAGAGAUGCCAGAGAAAUCUGACUAUUUCCAAGAAGGAAAGAAGAGUGAAGAUUCAUCAGAUAGCGAAGCCAAUUCCACAGAAGAUGCUCAACUUCGAAAGCAUAGGUCCAAAUCACUCUCCAUUUUCUCUCCAAGGCUCCAAGCUGCUCAAGUUUCAUUUGAGAGAGGUAAAAAGAGAGAGCUUUUAGAUGCAUAA